AUGGUAAGUGAAGAAGGCUACGUCGGCGAGGAGGAAGCCUUUCAUGGCGUAUGGCGCAUCGCGUCGCACGUAGCGGCGCCCGCGAACGCAACCCUCCGCCCGCUCGCGGGGCCCACAAUGGGACCCACAGGAGCACCCGCACCUUCUUAUCCUCCGCCCUCUGUCCGUCGCCCACCGAUUCGUGAGUCGUUCCGAGUUAGAGCUUCCCAAGAGGGAGAGGGAGAGGGAGAGGGGGAAGGGAGCGGCACCGGGGCUCGUCACGAACUGGCUAACGGGAAAGGAGAGAGCGUGGAGGACCGCAACAAGUGGGCAGUGCUCACGCUGUAUGAGGCCCUGAACGCGCGGGACGUGGAGCGGGUGCAGCAGCUGCUGGCCCCCGACAUCGAGUGGUGGUUCCAUGGCCCGCCGGAGCACCAGCACAUGAUGCGCAUGCUCACCGGCGCGGAGGAGGAGGAAACCGCAGCCACCUUCAGGUUCCAGCCCGAGCGAGUCGCCGCCUUCGGCUCCACCGUCGUCGCCGAGGGCAGAGCCCCCAACGCCGCCUGGGUCCACGCCUGGACCGUCGCCCCCGAUGGGAUAAUCACCCAGGUCCGCGAGUACUUCAAUACCUCCCUCACCAUCACCCGAGUCGCCGCCUCUUCGGCUUCCUCCAAGGAACCAGCAGGCUCGACACACUGCCUUCACCUGUGGCAGAGCCGCCGCCCCGUCCCUCCCGAGAAAUCCUUCCCCGGCCUCGUCCUGGCCAUCUAAGCCACUACAAACAAUCCUAAGCCGUAAGCCUAAUCAUUCUAAAUAAAGAGGGGUGGGUGAAAGUUCCAUGGGCUGAGAGGGAACCCCCACUCCCCGUUGUUGGGAUCUGAGUCUGUAGCGUUGUAAGGUCUGCGUGUAGUUUGCUUGUGUGUCUUCGUUUGUAUCAAAGAGUCCGAGAUGAGGAUGAUGAUGAUGAGGGGAAGAAGACGAUUCCUACCUUCUGUAUGCUUGUUUGGUUACAUGCUGAACAAAAGAUGUUGCUUUAAAUCGA